GCGGGAGGAGGUGCGCCAAGCAGGAGGAACUCAGGCAGCUGAAGUUUCUUCUUCUCACCACUGCCGCCAUGUCGGACAGCGAGAAAUUCAAUUUGGAUUCCAUCAUCAGGCACCUCCUAGAAGUGCAAAGCUCAUGCCCUGGCAAAAAUGUGCAGCUGACAGAAAAUGAGAUCAGGGGGUUGUGCCUGAAGUCCCAGGAGAUCUUCUUGAGUCAGCCCACCUUAUUAGAGCUUCAAGCUCCACUCAAGAUUUGUGGUGAUAUACAUGGGCAGUUUUAUGACCUGCUACGACUCUUUGAAUAUGGGGGCUUCCCCCCAGAGAGCAACUACCUCCUCCUGUGUGUUUAUGUGGAUCGGGGGAAGCAGUUGCUGAAGACAAUCUGCCUCUUGUUGGCCUACAAGAUUAAAUAUCCUGAGAACUUCUUCCUGUUGUGUGGGAACCACGAGUGCGCAAGCAUCAAUUGCAUCUAUGGCUUUUAUGAUGAAUGUAAGUGAUGCUAUAACAUCAAAC